AUGGUUAUUCUUUUUAUGAGUGUGAAUUACAACUUGAUGAGAGAACAUUUGAAGCAAUGUUUCAGAACUUCACAAAUACUUUCUCUCUCUUAUGUCAACAUCUCAUCUCCGAUACCUGUGAAUAUUUCUUCUUCCUACUUAAGGUACCUGGAUCUUGAUGGUACUAAUCUGCGAGGUGUUCUCACAGAGAGACUUUUCCUUCUGCCAAACAGCUUGGAAACGCUCAAAUUGAGUGGGAAUUAUCUUCUCCAAGGAGUUUUUCCAAAGACCCACCCUCUGUUAAUGGAGUUGGAUAUUUCAUACACAGGAAUCUCUGGUGAGCUGCCUGAUUCAAUUGGCACAUUGAGUUCCUUGAAUAUCUUGAACCUCCAACAAUGUCAAUUCUCUGGUUCCAUUCCUGAUUCCAUAGGCAACCUAACACAAAUUACGGUGUUGAUUUUAUCUAUUAAUCAUUUCACUGGCCAUAUUCCUUCCACAAUCUCUAAAUUGAAGCACCUCAGAAUUUUAUAUCUUUCUGACAACUCCUUUUCAGGUGAAAUUCCUGAUGUUUUCUCUAACCUCCAAGAGCUACGUUAUUUAGAUCUUUCUUAUAACAGCUUCAUCGGUUCGUUUCCUUCCACAAUUUUAAACUUGACACAUCUUAGCAAAGCAAGCAUGCUUCAAAAGCUAACUUCUGUGGAUUUGUCAUACAACUCACUGAAUGGUACCAUACCAUCUUGGGUGUUUAGCCUACCUUCCCUAUCUUCAGUGUUGCUCCAACAUAACCGAUUCAGAGGACUAGCCGAUGAAGUGAUCAAAACAAACCCAACAUUAAAAGAACUGCAUUUAAGCAAUAAUCAACUCAGUGGUUCUUUUCCUCAAUCACUUGUGAAUCUCACAAACCUUGAAACCCUUGGAAUUUCAUCAAAUAACAUCACCAUUGAUGAGGGAAUGAAUAUCACCUUUCUUAGCCUAUCAUCUUUAUUCUUAUCAUCUUGUCAACUGAAGGAUUUUCCACACUUCUUGAGAAAUGUAAAGACACUUGUGUACUUGGAUAUUUCUAACAAUAAGAUUCGUGGUCAAAUUCCUGACUGGUUUAGCGGCAUGAGAUGGGACUCGUUGAAGUUCCUAAACCUUUCUCAUAAUUCAUUGACAGGCCACCUACCACAAUUUCAUUACUAUAGUCUAGAGUAUCUUGAUCUGAAAUUUAACUCCCUUCAGGGUCCACUACCUUCAUCCAUUUGUAGCAUAAGUUCGCUUAUCUUAUUAGAUUUAUCACGCAACAACUUCAGUGACUCAGUUCCACAUUGCUUGGGAAGCAUGGCUAGUCUAACGGUGCUAGACUUAAGAAGGAACAAUUUCACAGGGAGUCUUCCCCAUUUAUGUGCACAAAGCCCUUCAUUGAGUACCAUUGUCGUAAAUGGUAAUCGAUUUGAAGGACCUGUUCCUGUGUCGUUGCUCAAUUGUAAUGGUCUACAAGUCCUUGAUGUAGGGAACAAUGCUAUAAAUGACACGUUUCCAGCUUGGCUCGGAACUCUUCAAGAGCUGCAGGUCCUUAUAUUAAAGUCGAACAAGUUCCAUGGACCUAUAAGUACGUGUCAGACUAAGUUUUGCUUUCUCGAGUUGCGAAUUUUUGAUCUUUCUCGUAAUGAUUUCAGUGGCUCACUUCCUGCAAAAGUUUUUGGAAACUUCAAGGCAAUGAUCAAAUUAGAUGGUGAAGACACAGGAAAUAUCAUGUACAUGGAAUCUGUGUCGAUUUCGCCAUUUGUCAUAUCCUAUGAGGAUUCAGUGAGUUUGGUAAUCAAAGGGCACGAUAUUGAGCUACAAAGAAUCAGCACAAUUAUGACAACCAUAGAUCUCUCAAGCAAUCAUUUUGAAGGUGUGAUUCCGAAAACACUAAAGGAUCUCAGCUCACUUCGGCUACUCAAUUUAUCCCGUAACAAUCUCAGAGGGGAUAUUCCAAUGAAACUAGGACAAUUGAGUAUGCUUGAAGCUUUAGAUCUCUCUUGGAAUCGGCUCACUGGAAAGAUUCCACAGGAAUUGACAAGAAUGAACUUUCUGGCCUUCUUAAACCUCUCUCAAAAUCAUCUCGUCGGACCAAUUCCUCAAGGUCGACAAUUCAACACAUUUGAAAAUGACUCAUAUGGUGGCAACCUUGAUUUAUGUGGUCUUCCUUUAACAAAGAAAUGUGGAAUGAGUGAUUCAUCGCAUGUUCCUCAACAAUUGGAGUCCGAAGAAGAAGGCGAGACAUAUUUUUUUAGUGGAUUUACUUGGGAAUCAGUAGUCAUAGGCUACAGUUUUGGACUAGUUGUUGGAACUGUCAUGUGGAGUCUCAUGUUUAAAUAUCGUAAGCCAAAAUGGUUUGUGGAAUUUUUCGAAGGACUCAUGCCUCACAAAAGAAGAAGGCCACAGAAGAGAGCUCAGAGACGACGGACUUAA